CUUCGCUUGUGACUUGCGCAACUUGAACGUCUCCCCCAACUUGAAUCUGCUGUACUAUUCCUACAGUACUACCUGCCUAGUCGGCAGUAUCAUUGCGCGCAGGUGUCGGUGGUCUGUUGCAGACUCUUAUCCCUCUUCUAGCACACCACAUGGGAUGGCUCUGACAGUAUAAAGGGAGAGCAGAGGCAUAAACGGUAUCGCUUAUGCUGCGAUGGCGACGCCAGCCUCCAAGCCUCCUGGUCAAUGGGAAAGGGCGGCAGCGGCAGCAGCAGCAUCGGAGUCGUCACCAUCGGAGCGCGAACGCGAACGGCCGAAACUCAACACCAGCCGGACGACAGCACAUCGACUUCCUCCGCCAGCGCUGUUCCAAGGACCGCCGUCCAAGAAUGCAUCCCACAUCUCUCUCGUGCUGCCUGGCGACCGGGUGCCUGGGGCACCAGGGUCGGACGUCGAGCACCCGCGUCCACAACGGAUCCAUCCUCCAGCGCGAGUACCCGCGGCGUCAUCGUUCUCGGGCCCGUCGCUGCGCCAGCCGGCCAUCGAGCCCGAAGACCAGCGCGCCGAGAGCCUGUGGGCCGAGAUGCAGAAGACGCUGGCGGACGUCGAGGUAUCGGCCAUGAACACGUCGCACGUGUUUGGGGCAUCGCACACAAAAGCGCUUGACGACCUCCGUGCUGCCCAGCUGUCUCUGGCCCAGACCUGGGCCAAGACCGAGGCGGACGAAUUACAUGAGAAACAAGAGUCCAAUGCCGCUUCCGGGGACAAUGUGGCCGAAGUGGUCGGUCAGCAGCUGGACGCCACACCCACUAAUACUACUACCACUGCUGGUGGUGGUGGUGCCGGUGCUACUAGUUCGACAACCACACCUGGCCGGCGGAAAGGAGGGCCUCAGCAGCAGCCUGGAAAAGCCAACAAUGGUGGCAGCAACAACAACCGUAGCGCUUUUACGAAUAACAAGAAUCUCGAAGAGGAGACCGAGAGAGAUAUCCAGCUCGCACGCAAACGGCGUGAGGCCAACGAUCGCUAUUUCCAGCAGGUCAACCGUGGAGUCCUCGAGGUCGUCAGCAAGCUCGACGAGGUGGCCGGUGCCAUGCGAAGGGUCGAGCGUGAGUCGCGUGAGAUUUGGGACGAGUCGAGCGAUGGCAGCAUCAGCGGCACUGAAACCGGUUCCGUCACUGACAAUACUGGCUUGACUGGGAGUCCCGUGUCGGUGCGCAAAGGAUAAAGACGACAGAACAGAAAGUCCUGGAAGGGGCGCAUUUCAGAGUCUCCAACACCAGGUCUUGUCCCGCUUUUUCCCCUCGACAACAGUCGAUCCCCUAACUGGCAUGCAAGCUAUGCUAUGCUUACUCGGUCAAUACGAUAUGUCCUCCCUCAUCGCCGGGAAUCUUUUGAGAGAAAACAUACUCUGGCCCUCAACUGCAAUCCUUUUUCCCAGGCAACCGCAGGUGGCUUUGGCAGAACCACUCGCCAGACGAAAAGCUUUCGUCCUCUCCGCAGCAGAGAAAUGCAAACGCUGGUUACAAUUGCGAGGAUGCAGGAUAGCUUGCGCCCAGAAACUUUAGCCAUCGGAGCAAAGCUGUAUUUGGCAAACGAUGCCCCCCGCUGUCGACAUGUGAGUGCAAUCUCGAUUCUACCGCCUUCAUGUAUGCUUUGGCCAUGGCCAUGAAGACUCUUCCAUAUUGGAGCGGUUGGGUCAGUAUGGCCAUGUUGCGGGAGAAAGCAGUGUGAGAUACUGCAGGCAUUUGAAACCAGGGCCUGGAAUAGUCCUUGGGCAAAUCUUCGCGUCUCACUUUCCUCUUACGGACUUUACGCUUGACAGCAGGCCCGGUUUUGCAGCUUGGCUGUCCAUCCAGUCGGUGUGUUGAUUGUGAGAACGUGCAACGAGUCAAAUCCAGCAAGGCCCUAUGGGUGAGAUUGGGCAGCCCUUGGACGUAGCAAGCAGGAAUGGAUGGAUGGGAGAUUACUCGUACAGACUUGACACAUUGUACAUUCAUUAUGGCAACUGAUCGCUGUUCAUUGUGCUCGUCUCGAGUGGGUCAUAUAACGAUGUGUUAUAUUGGUCCAAAUCUACCGCUCGUGUACUCUAUGCUGGAUGCACUGAGCAACCACUUGCACUCGCUACCGUAUCCUCUAGUUGCGCCCUAUUUACGUCCCAGAAACGGGACCUCUUACCCAGCGUCGAUCUAAAACAAGAUCCUCUUGACAACGAAAUCAGCCUUCGCUUUCAUUCGUGGGCUGAUCAAAGCGACUGCGACUUAUUCUUUUCGGAGAAGGUCGGCUUCCCCGGUCACGAUGGCUCUCCUGCUGCUCAGCAAACCGUAUAGAAGUGCUUCUCGGCCUUGUUUGCAGCUGGGACCGAGAGGCUGUCUCGUCCAAGGCAUCUGCCGCGAGCGUAGACAGGGCCGCACCACUGCGCCGUCGGUGUGAUUGUCCAAUAUUUGGAUCGGUUCCAGCAGAAGUCUCAUUCUGAUCUUCGUUCCGGUCAACAUGUGACCCUGACGAACUGGGUCGGGUGCUUGUUGUGAGAGCCUGUGAGGAAACGGACUCGCCUCGGUGAUGGGAUUGGCUAGCGCGUGUCAUGAAAGCGGGCCGUGUCGAGGGCAAAGACGCCAGGUAAUCGUUAUGCUGUUGCUCCUCAUCGUCCAAUUCUGCCCAAAUCCGCCUUGUCUUGUUGCCCGGUGGGGCUUGAAGGGAAAAUGUCGAUGGGAGAGCCCCUUCCACCAGGAGAGGGGUUUCCUCGUCUGCAGAAGGCCGGGAAGCAGAUGUGGAACUCCGCGUUCGGUUUGAGGGAAGUAAUGGAGGUCUUUCAUCUGUCGGUGACUGUACCAGUCCCAUGCCAGGCGUUAGAGGCGUCGGGGGCGGAAGCGCUGAGUGGAUUGAUUCUUCGGGCGUGGUGUCAUCCAGUCUCCAGGACAAUGCCAAAACGCCGGAAAGUAGUAUGGCCGUGCCCAAUGCCACAAGACCGGCAUGGAGAGCACUGAGCCUCGAGGCUUGCUGGAAGUAGAUCAAGCCGUCCACGAUGGCUAUGAUGUUAUAAAUGCAAAAAACGAAGGGGUAUAGUACACUGGUGCUGCAAAGACGAAGACCGAGAUGUAGGUAAUACAACUGUGUCAAAGCAAAGAAUAGUAGUGCAAGGAGGAUAAGCCAAGAUUGAAAGCGGUCGAACUGG